AUGCAUAGUUUCAGAAAAGGAAAUGGACUUUUACUACUUCACAACUAACUUAUUAUUGUUAAAAUAUGUUUACGAGAUCUCAGUACAGUUCACGCUACGUUGUCGGGCGAGCUGAGAUGGGCGACACUUUGUUUUGUUUUACAUGCUGUAUUGCAGAACAACCUCAACCUAAGCGACGGCGUCGGAUAGACCCGAGUAUGAUUGGACAGCCGACAGACUUCCGCCACACGGGACACAUUGGGUCUCGAGACAUCGGCAACGGUGUGUCGUCAUCCAUGAACACAAUGAGUGAAGUACAGUCACAGAUGUCCUCCAAAGGCGGUUACGACCACGUGUCGCCGGUUAAUGUAGAUCUAAAUGUGAUAGACCUUCCACACAAACACAAUGGUACAGAGCUAAUGAGUUAGUUGGUUGAGAGAGAGAGACAUUUUAAUUAGUGUUCAUCAUUAUUAGUGUAUAUAAUACAUACGGGACGUUCUGUCUUCGCCUGUGUACUGUAAAUAGUCGUUAAUACGUAUAGAUGGAAUGAGAGAGGCGACGGUCAGGACAGUGAGAGGAACAAUGAAUCAAAUGAUGCGAGUCGACAUGCAUAUGCAUGAGAAGAAGAUUUAAGGACAGUUUUUGUCCUACGUGUAUGGGAACUCAACAGAUAAGGAAAGUCUUCAGUGUGUAUGGGUUUAAAAUUGGUGGAUUCAUGAAAUCUACAGAAGGAAUUUAAAUAUGGGAAAUAAAGGAAGUCUACAGAUUACCAGGAUUAUAAGACGGAAGAUACAGGAAGUCUACAGUUUACGAGGAUUUAAAGAUGGAAGAUACUGGAAGUCUACAGUUUACCAGGAUUUAAAGAUGGAAGAUACAGGAAGUCUACAGUUUACGAGAUUUAAAGAUGGAAGAUACUGGAAGUCUACAGUUUACGAGGAUUUAAAGACGGAAGAUACUGGAAGUCUACAGUUUACGAGGAUUUAAAGACGGAAGAUACUGGAAGUCUACAGUUUACCAGGAUUUAAAGAUGGAAGACACAAAAAGUCUACAGUGUACGAAGGCUCAAAAUGGCAAAUACGUGACAAGAGGUUAUCUCAGAGAAGUGGAAUACACAAGGAAAUUAUUAUAUUGAUUAUGCCAACUUGGAAAAGAAAUAGAAAAUGAUUGGGAAGUCUGGUUGUCUAACACAGAUGUACAGGACAUGCUGACACCAUGUGUCUAAAGAAAUUCUAGUGUUAUUAAAGGUUUGGGUAUAAGUUAAUGGAAACCAACAAAUUUUAUUUGAUAAUGAGAAAAAAGGACCCUGAAAUAUAUAUGUUGUCAGUAAGCCAGGUGGCAAAUAGAUUGAAGGGCAUUAACUUGAGGUUUUACUGUAUACACAGAUGUCUAUAAGAUCUCUAGGUUGAUAGGUAGGAUGUAUUGUUUAGUGUCUUCCCAAAAGUUUUAUAACAUUGUUGAUUUUUAUAUCUAAUAGUACUGGUCAAAAAAUGUAUUGUGAAGCUUGUCUUUAUUGACAUCUAGGCAGAGUGGACCUGUUGGUCAGAUAAGACAAUGUGUCAGUUAGAAGAAGAUCAAAUACAGAGAAAGAUGUAUUUUUGGGCCAGAAAACAAAUGUCUGAUUUCACAGGAUGUCCUAAAUGUCAGGUGUCAGUAAGGACAUAUGUCACUCCAGGAUAUAAUCUCAUGUAAUAUGUGUCCUAAGGAUCAUGUCCUAAAAGUCGGGUGCCAUAUAUAUUAUAGACAGUUCUUUACUCCACAAAGUAUUCUCAUAUAGCAUGUUAUGAUGUGGUGUCCUAGUAUUUCCAGGUGUUCUUAAGUCAGGUGUUAGAAGUACAGGUAUGACAUAAGUAAUUAAUUUGAUAUAUGCAGUAUGUUAAAACUUAAUACGUCCAUUAAUAAAACAGAUUCAGUACGAGGCAUUGUAAAACAUUUCUGAAAUGUUCAAUAAUACACACUGAAUACUGUAACCUGUCUACAGAAAAUCCUUACUGUUCUCUCUACUGUAAACAAUGAUAUUUUCUAAACGCCUUGAUAUUUACGAUGUUUCUUGUAAGCUAAGGUGAGUUCACAAGUAACCAUAACAAUCACAUUGAACCAUCCUAACAGUUACACAGAGGACAGUGUGGAAAACAGGCUUGAUAUAGAGGUAAUAAUGGGUGUAGUCACUACAUGUACAGCUUGUCUCUGUCCCUACAGAGUCUGUUAUUAAAACUAUUUAUAAUAAAUCACAAAUACCCCUCUGUGGACCCCAUUCCGUUAUGAAAACUCAAAAAAAUCGUUAACACCCCUUUGUGAACCUCGGUCCAUUAUAAAAACUGUAAUAAAUCACAAAUACUCCUUUGUGGACCCCAGUACAUUAUAAAAACUCUUUAAUAGAUAAUACAUUACCCCUCUGUGGACCCCAAUCCAUUACAAGAACUUUGUAAUAAAUCAAAAAUACCCCUCUGUGGACCCCAGUACAUUAUAAAAACUCUGUAUUAGAUAGUACAUUACCCCUCUGUGGACCCCAGUACAUUAUAAAAACUCUGUAUUAGAUAGUACAUUACCCCUCUGUGGACCCCACUUUGUUGACGGUCCUAUGUGUUAGCACCUAUUACUAACAUGUUGUAUACUGUAGGGAUCUGAAUUGACAAUGUUCAUUCUGCAGCAAAUCACCUCAGAUUAAGUUCUGGUCCAUGUAUCAACCUCAUCUGAACUCAUCUUUGAUAAUUCUCGUCCGCCAUUCCUGAAAACAAUUAAUCUACCUACACUUGUACGUUGAGUAAUUUUCUAUUUUUGUGGGUGCUUGUCAAGUAUUUAUUUCAGGUUUUAGCCGAGAGAGAAUUACGUUUAUAUGGAACCAUACUUAUGUUGGAUAAAGUACAUAGAACUGAGAGAGACUUAAACCUUUAUUGAACCAUUAAUAUAUAUGAGAUAAAGUAUGUUAACGUAUACAUUGUUGAUGAUAAAAUGUAGAUUGUUAAACUAUUAAUUAGAUAGUGUGUUAUAGAUUAUAUUAGGGAUCCCCAUACCACUGCCAAGUAUAAUGUGACUGCACAUUGGAAACUUUUUCCCCCAACAUAACUGUAGCUUUAAUAAAUAAAUUAUAGAAGAAAAACAUUACUUGCGUCGGGACUUUUAGAAAAAAUCAUCAAGACGAAACAAAAUGUUUAAUCUACCAUAGUGUUCCAAGUGUAAAAAUGUACAGUGGGGCUAAAAUGGGAAUUGAACCCUGGACUUCAGACGGAUAGUCAAUAAUCGACGGGGCUACCUGGUCAACAGAAGUGUCAGGACUGGACAAACUGCCACAGUUAUAUCCAAACAAAGUUAAGGGGAGGUUACUCAGUACAGGAAAAACCACAGUGCAGUGGGACAGGGAUCCUUAAUCUUCUAUAGUGAACUGUUAUAGAGUGUAGUGAUGUCAGUAUACCGGGACUAUUGUUGGAUAGAGUGAUCAAAUCACUUAUUUAUGUUCUGAAGUCCAACAACUGGAAUCCAAAAAAUGUCAGAAAACUACAAUUUCAAGUCUUAGUUUAUGUUAUUCCUAUUUUCUGUGUCCUCCUCAAAAGUUACAUUAUCUUCAAUUUUUUCCCCCUCAAAAGUAACAAUAAGCAACAUUUUCUCUAUUUUCUUCCAGUCUGUAGUUUUGUUAACUCAUUCACCCCUGAAAUUUCAUAAUGCGCUAUUCCAACCUUUGAAUUGGAAGAGUUUAAAUGUGUGUUCAGGGGUGAAUGAGUUAAUAUUGUAUAAGCCUACUGUCCCACAAUAGUCCAGUCUACUGUUACAUCAACUCUAUGUAAUGUUGACAUCAUAAGUCUGUGACAAUGAGGAUCAUGCCUGUUAGGAUUGAGAUUUCACUCCUAGCUUCUGAAAUGAGAAAAAAAAAUGUAUUAUAAUUAAACGUGAUUCUUAAAUUAUUUAAGAACAGAGUAAUAAUGACACUAAUGUUUCAUUUUACAGCUAUUAUAUAAAAAAAAGUUAGCAGGGUUUGAAUUCAUAGUAUUCUACCUUUCAGUCUGUACAAACAAAAGCCUCUUGUAUUUAUCCAGUUCAACCAUUUCAACUGGUUAAACCUGGAAAGAAAAACCUGGAAUAUUGUCUGUGCUACCUGGACGGUUUCAUUUGGAUACAGGAAAGUGGCCCAUGCUUUUGCAUACUUGCCAACUCUCCCUUUCUGGAGGGAGACUCGAUUUUCGACUCUUAAUUAACCAUUUCACCUCUGUAGAACAUAAUGGACUGAUCCAGAUCAAUGCAUGGUAGAGUCUACUAAAGUUACGUUGAAAGGGUUAAAUUUGAUACUUUCAAACCACUGACUUUGCAUAACAUUUACAAAUUGUAUUUUAUUUAUAAGAUCUAAUCGUUGCAUCUGACAGAACAAGUCGAAAUAUGUUAUUUUAAGUGUUAUGUUUUCUCAAGGCGGUAUAUUUAUAUACACAAAUUUAAUAUGUUUUAUAUUUUGGGCACGUGGAAUCUCCCCCGUGAAAUUUUCAAAGUAACAGUAACUCCUUGCCCCUAGCAACUUUACUGCAUAAAAGCUGCAAAAUGAAACACCAUUAUGUAGUAACUGUAGAUAUUGUACAAUGCUGUGUAUAGAUUAUUAACAAGUGCUUUCAUAUAUAUUGAGAAUGAUGUACCUCAUCUGCAUGCUAAAUAUUUUUACGAAGUCAGUGACAUGCUGUAUCACCCCUGCAUCAAGAAUGGACUGUUUCUUUGUUUUGUUUUGGAACAGUUCAUUAUGAUAUGCUAGGGGACACCUCUUUAGUCAGUUUGCAUGUGUCUACUAGUAUAUAAUUACCUUGUGAUGUCUCUCUACAAUGAAUUUAUCAUGCUUUUCAAGCGUUUGUUGAUAUUUGAAAUAAACAGUGAGUAGUUUCUUAUAAAUUUUUAUUUCAUAUACUUGUGCAUUAUUAUUGCUGACAUCUCAGUAACAUACUGAUUUGUGUUUCUGUUGUAGUUCUCAUAUAGCUAGUGGCCAUUCAUCGGUUUUAACCCAUACAGCGUUAACUUAAGCUGGCCAGCAUUAUACAGGGCUUACCUAUUUGAAGUGUUCUUAUUGAAUAAUACAGUGUUAGCAUAAAAAUAAUUAACCAAUCAGCUGCACAUUUAUUUAGACAUGAAUAUGGCAUAUAUUGACAAAUUUGAAACAUUCUGGAUGAAUUUUGCAGCUGGUUUUUUUUUUUUUUUUUUUUCAGUCUAAAAAGAAAUGACCAGAUAACCCUUGUAGUAUCUGAAACAAGUUUUCUUCUCUAUUUAAUAAGGAAUAACCAAACAACUGUGCACUUGGCACAACUCAAAUGAGAUUUAUGGUUAGUGCUUAUAAUCCAAUUUAAAAGACAGAAACACAUUUUAGUCCAUGAUUAAGGCAACAUCAUCCAUUUAUGAUAAAAACAAAAGAAUUUUUCACAAAACACAACAUUGCUCUCUAUUUUUAUCACUUAGUAGCUUCAACCAAUCAGAGGCUAGAGUUUCAAAUACUGUGCCAAAAAAUGUGGUAUACACUUCAUCACUUUACUGUUAUGUUUUGAUUUACAUCACACAAUACAAUCAGAAUAGGUCUUAUCAUUGGGGAUCCGGAGUAGCCAGAAUUAUAUUAUAGUGCAUUAAUUAUCAAUAGGAGGUCGUACGUGUAAGUCAGAACGAAGGAUGGCGGUCUAGGAGUGGUGGCAUUGAGGUGGUGGUGCAGGGUUGGUGGCCUAUUAGGGUUGGUACAAAGUCCUCCAAGUCAUUUACAUUUAUUAAUAGUAGUUCUUUACAGGUGGAUUGUCUCCCUUAGAUACAUUGUCCAGGUUAAGGUCAGGCUAACUUUGUUCUUAGCUACAUUUUGUAAAUUAAGGCCAAGCAAACUUUGUUCUUAGCUACAUUUUGUAAAUUAAGGCCAAGCAAACUUUGUUUUUAGCUACAUUUUGUAAAUUAAGGCCAAGCAAACUUUGUUCUUAGCUACAUUUUGUAAAUUAAGGCCAAGCAAACUUUGUUCUUAGCUACAUUUUGUAAAUUAAGGCCAAGCAAACUUUGUUCUCAGUUAUAUUUUGUAGAUGAAGGGUUCUUAGUUACAUUUUCCAGAUUGAGGCCAGGAUUACUUUGUCCUUAGUUACAUUCUCCAGAUAAAAUAUUAUAACUUUAGAAAGAAUUGUUACAGAUAUUUAAGUAUCCCAUAGUUGGAGUAAUUGGGCAUGGCUAUACUUACUGAAUCACACACGAGUCUUGUGAUGAUAUGAAAGAAAUAAUCGUUUUAUUAUUGUUAUACUUAUGAUACAAGUUGGAUUAGGGAGGGGUUUUGUUUCUAUAACUCUAUAUCCUAACUUCUAGAUUUUUGGGGGUUUAUUUAUUGAUAUGAUUCUAAUUUCUUAUGCAGUAUUCUUCAUACAUGGUAAAUUAUGAUCAUCAGCUAUUUAUUUAAAUUAAGUUCAUUUAUUUUACAACAAUUAUGAAACAAGUUAUUACAACUUAUAUUAAUCACUGUUGUUGGCCCGGAUGUUAGCGCGGGGGGUCUUAAUGUGGGAGGAAACCGAUGUAUUUAGAGAAAUCCCACGUGGUCAGGCAGGUGACCCCCAUAGCUUUCACAUCCUAGCUGUUUAUUUCUACUACUGAAUGUGAUUUUGGUCAAAUGACACAUUGUGGACCCUUGACCAGAUUGGUUUCUGUCGACAUUAAAACCCCAUUACACUACUAUCUAUGGGAGUGAAUAAUAUUAGCUGAUAAGAUUUGUUCUAUAAUUAGGGCCCCGUUACGGAGAUACGGGUGCCCUAUAGUAAUCACUCUGUCUGUCUGUCUGUCCGUCCACAAAUUUUGUUCCUGGCUGAUA